CGGUCCUAUAAAAAGGCUUGCUCCGCGCUUCGGCUAGGAACUGAGUGGAGGAAUCGCUCGUGGAGUCCUGGUCUAAGCCAAGUUGUCCCAAGUGCGCCAAGGCGUGGAGAUCCGGCGGGAGACGCAGAGUCAGAGCACGCCCGUUUCCCGUCUCGCAGCCGGCACAGCUAGAGCCACGAUCGCAGCGCGGCCAUGGAGCCCAGCAGCAAGAAGGUGACUGGCCGCCUCAUGCUGGCCGUGGGAGGGGCAGUGCUCGGAUCCCUGCAGUUCGGCUACAACACUGGUGUCAUCAAUGCCCCCCAGAAGGUUAUUGAGGAGUUCUACAACCAGACAUGGGUCCACCGCUAUGGAGAAUCCAUCCUGCCCACCACGCUCACCACGCUCUGGUCACUCUCGGUGGCCAUCUUCUCCGUCGGUGGCAUGAUUGGCUCCUUCUCUGUGGGCCUCUUUGUUAAUCGCUUUGGCAGGCGGAACUCCAUGCUGAUGAUGAACCUGUUGGCCUUUGUGUCUGCCGUGCUCAUGGGCUUCUCCAAACUGGGCAAGUCUUUUGAGAUGCUGAUCCUGGGUCGCUUUAUCAUUGGAGUGUACUGUGGCCUGACCACUGGCUUUGUGCCCAUGUAUGUGGGAGAGGUGUCACCUACAGCUCUCCGCGGAGCUCUAGGCACGCUGCACCAGCUGGGCAUCGUCGUUGGCAUCCUCAUUGCCCAGAUUUUCGGCCUGGACUCCAUUAUGGGCAAUGCAAACUUGUGGCCUCUGCUGCUCAGUAUCAUCUUCGUCCCAGCCCUGCUACAGUGUAUCCUGUUGCCCUUCUGCCCUGAGAGCCCCCGCUUCCUGCUCAUCAAUCGAAACGAGGAGAACCGGGCCAAGAGUGUGCUGAAGAAGCUUCGCGGGACAGCCGAUGUGACCCGAGACCUGCAGGAGAUGAAAGAAGAGGGUCGGCAGAUGAUGAGGGAGAAGAAGGUCACCAUCCUGGAGCUGUUCCGCUCGGCCGCCUACCGCCAGCCUCUCCUCAUUGCUGUGGUGCUGCAGCUGUCCCAGCAGCUGUCGGGUAUCAAUGCUGUGUUCUAUUACUCGACGAGCAUCUUCGAGAAGGCGGGCGUGCAGCAGCCUGUGUAUGCCACCAUCGGCUCGGGUAUCGUCAACACAGCCUUCACUGUAGUGUCGCUGUUCGUGGUAGAGCGAGCUGGACGGCGGACUCUGCACCUCAUUGGCCUGGCUGGCAUGGCAGGCUGUGCUGUGCUCAUGACCAUCGCGCUGGCCCUGCUGGAACGGCUGCCCUGGAUGUCCUAUCUGAGCAUCGUGGCUAUCUUUGGCUUUGUGGCCUUCUUUGAAGUAGGCCCUGGUCCCAUCCCAUGGUUCAUUGUGGCUGAGCUGUUUAGCCAGGGGCCCCGUCCUGCUGCUAUUGCUGUGGCUGGCUUCUCUAACUGGACCUCAAAUUUCAUCGUGGGCAUGUGCUUCCAGUAUGUGGAGCAACUGUGUGGCCCCUAUGUCUUCAUCAUCUUCACGGUGCUCCUGGUGCUGUUCUUCAUCUUCACCUACUUCAAAGUUCCUGAGACCAAAGGCCGGACCUUCGAUGAGAUCGCUUCCGGCUUCCGGCAGGGGGGUGCAAGCCAAAGCGACAAGACACCUGAAGAGCUGUUCCACCCUCUGGGGGCUGACUCCCAAGUGUGAGGAGCCCCACACCCAGCCCGGCCUGCUCCCAGCAGCCCCACGGAUCUCUCUGGAGCACAGGCAGCUAGAUGAGACCUCUUCCAAACUGACAGAUCUCAGGCGAGCCGGGCUUGGGCCCCUUUCAUCAGCCAGCAAUGAUGUCCAGAAGAAUAUUCAGGAUGGCUGCAGAAUUCUAAUGAAAGCAAGACUGUUGCUCAAAUCUGUUCAGAUAAGCAACAGGUUUUAUAAUUUUUUUAUUACUGAUUUUUGUUACUUUUUUUUUUAUCAGCCACUCUCCUAUCUUCACACCCUUGUCUUCACCUUGAAUGGCUCAGUGCCUGAGGGUGGGGACCAAGCCCUGUCCAGACACAAUGCCUUCUUCGCCAAGCUAAUCUGUAGGGCUGGACCUAUGACCAAGGACACACUAAUCGAACUAUGAACUAUGAGGCUUUACCCCAGGAGGUGGUAGCUGCCACCCCCUUCCGCAGGCCCGGAUCUCCCCAUUAUAGGGGUCGGGCUCCAUUUUAGGAUUCGCCCAUUCCUAACUCUUCCUUCCCAACCACUCAAUUAAUCUUUCCUUGCCUGAGACCAGUUGGAAGCACUGGAGUGCAGGGAGGAGAGGGGAAGGGCUAGCCAGGUUCUAGUCUCUUGUGCACUGAGGGCCAGACAUCACCACGAGAAGGGCCUCGGAGGCUGAGAACUCACUGUUGAAGACAUGGACACUCCUGCCCUGCUGUGUAUAGAUGGAAGAUAUUUAUAUAUUUUUGGUUGUCAAUAUUAAAUACAGACACUAAGUUAUAGUCUAUCUGGACAAACCCACUUGUAAAUACACCACCAUACUCCUGUAACUUUACCUAAGCAGAUAUAAAUGGCUGGUUUUUAGAAAUGUGGUUUCAGAAUGCUUGUGGGUUGGGACCAGGCAGGUUUGGAUGAAAGUGAGAGAGAAGCAAAGCAUGGUUGUAACCGUGCAGUGGCUUUGGACUUCUUGGCUCAGGAACCUAUCAGUUCUAAACACCUGUUCAUCGGCCCUUGAUUGCUUAAAAAUCUGUGUGACCUCUUACCCAGAGGAAAACCCAAGUUCUCUGUCCUGGCAGUCAGCAUUUUCACCAUGUGCUUUUCAGACUGAGAACUGCUAGCCCUGAUACUCAGGCUUGAGAAUCAUCCCGAAGUGAAGAUAGGUGUCCUCUGGCAGGCUUCAAGAACUUUCAAAUGGAUGCAAUCUCACAACCCACACUUUAACAAGCCGAUUUUACUUCCCUGUAGCCUGUUCCUUUCCCCCAAACAAAAUAAGCUAUUUAUACUGCCCUAGUGAGUUGUUAUGGUGCUUUGUAUCCAAGGCAGCUUUCUUAUUUACAGAAACCAGAGGCCACCUGAGGGGGCGUCCAGGGAAGCACUGAAGAGGCAGGUCCUUCCCAGAGACCCGCCCCUACUUGAAUUCAGAGGCCCUUGAAGGGACUUUCCUGUGGCAGUGUAGCCUCCCACCUGAAUGGUUUUAUCUGGCUUUUCAGCAUCAUCCAAUCCACUGCUGGCUAGGCACUCAGGAAAUAAGAGUAUCCUGUCUCUAAAGGUUAGAAAACCUAGAGGGAAUUUUCCUUCCUGACUGUGCAGACAGCAAUAGAAUGACAAGGGGUUGAGGAGGGAAACUAGGGAAAAUGUAAGGUCUUUCUCCAGCCCCUUCCCGAUUGAGGGACAAAGCUGAGAAGGGCCGAGCUUGAGCUGCUGAGGUCAGGUGAGGAAGUAUGGCCGGUUAGCAAGCCUUUUGCCAACUGCAAGGCCCAGGAACCCACCUCUGCCAAGACAGAGUAGGGACGUGUGGGGAGAGCUUCAUCAGAGGUCAGGCGUGGCAAGGUGGGUGGCCUCAGUCCCGAAGACCUCCAGGUUCGGGGGAAAACGGACAUCACCCGGUUCAGGGUCCAGGGCUGAAAAAAAUACACACUCAGCAGUCUUCCCCACCCUAUAGUCUACCCUGCUGCGACGCGCAGGCGCAGAGAAGUGGCCGAGGUGACUCCAUCCUCCCGGUCACGCUGCAAGGACGCAGUCAGCUCUCGGUGGGCAGGGGAGGCGGAGUUAGGUGACGUAUUCACCAAUCAGAGCGGAGGAGGCGGGCUCCGAGCCAGAGAGGAACACACCUGUCUCGCAUCAGGUGAAGUCUUCGGUUUCUGAUAGGAAGCCGACAGGAUUGUUCCCUGGCGCCUUUCUCUUCUCACCAGCGCCUAGGCAAUUUCGCACUUUAUCUGUAAUCCUGCCUCAGUCUCCCUGGAAACCGAACUCGGCGGCAGCCUUUAUUUUCCUUAUAGUACUGUCGGUCCACUGCAGGAGUCGACGGUCCUUAAGCCAGCGCAAAGAGGGCCAAAGCUAAACCAUUCCUAGACUUCAGUUCCCAACAGAGAUCCUGGUCAAGACUUCAGAUGAGAGCACAAGAACUUAGUCUUGGCUUCCCAACCCGAAUUCCUCUAACGCAGUUUUAGGCAGGAGAGCAGAUUCAGAAAGUACAUUCAUUAAUAGGGAUAGAAUGCCUAUUGUCUUUUGGCAAAAGUGCAGAUUCAUGGCCCCUCCUCCUAUUCUGAUUGUCUCUCCAGGCCCCAGGCAAUCCAACUGCUGGCAGUACGGGGCCGCUUCUCUCCCCAAUCAGGCAACAGCCCCCUCACUCCUCUCUCCUUUCAGUCUCUGUUCUCCUUAUGGUAGUGAUGCUUCUAAAAUUUAGUUGUGCCUUUUUAUAAACUUUUCUCAGCUCCCCCCUUUCCCUCAGUAUAAUGCCCAU